GGAAAUUGCGCUUACGUGAUGAGGGUUGCUCAGUUCUGAGUUUAGAGGCCAGAGCUGUAUCACCAAGGCUACCGGUCGCUACGACCUUCUCAACAGGUAAGGAUGUGACGUUAUGGGUCGCCGACGCAAGGACAAGCGACGCAUCAUCCCGGAGCAGGACCGCAGCAUCUGUGGCAGCAUAUGUCUGUGUCAGCUGACGCUGGUGCUGAGUUGCGUGGCCAUGGUCUACCUGGCAGUGGCUGUUUACACGCCGGCCUACCAGGCGUUCAACGCCGGCCUCGACCCAACGCCCGUCAUGUGUCAGACGGUCAACGCCGCCUGGGUCAACAACUGCGAGUGGGCCAGCUGCGGCGAGUGGUGCCUCACCAAGACCAGCGGCUACUGCAUGCAGUUGCACGUCACCGCACGCAACAACGGCACCGACAUCACUGUCGAGAACUGCACCCGGCUCAAUACUGUGUCCUGUCCACAGGUGAACGUGAGGGCGUUGAAAAGGUAUAACUGCAACAACGACUCUGAGUGUGCCACCCUGACUGGCGUUUUCAAUUGCUCGCUUGGUCACUGCGCCAACAUGUCCGAACUGUUCCUGUGCCAUCACAAGGCUGACGGCAUCGUCGUCGACAGCGACAAAGACAAUCUCAAGUUGAACGGCUUCUUCGAAUGCAAAAAAUCAAAAUGUACAAAAAUCAAAAGGCCUUUUCUCUGCGAUCGCUAUUGCAAUAAAAUAACGACGUCCAGCAUGAAUCUGUUUAUCCAAUACGAGGACAAUGUUUACGCUGGAGAUUGUCGGCAAGUCAAGGUGGGAGACAAACAAAUUUGGAACGAACAGGAAAUAUUUCUAGCUUCUUGUCACACUGUGGAGAGGCAUGGCAAUAGUCUCAGGGCCACCGAUUGUCUAAACGGCACAAUUCUGGAGGAGAGCAAACUGCCGCAGCCCUUUGUGAACUUCAGCGUGUUCUGGACGCUGGUGGCGAAUAGCACGACGCCCGUCGACCCGACCCAGGAGUUCGUGCCCUGGCAGAGCAAGCUCACCAUCUACAACUACUCGCGGCUGCUCAUCAACCUGGAGGGAUGCGUCAACACACUGCGCGGCGAGUGUGGCCAGUUCCACGCCACGCACGACAGUGACGGCGAUAAUAACACUGCACAGAGCCGGUAUCCCUGCUACAUCAACAGAAACGACUCGACAACAGUAGUGUCGCGCUUCAACCUGGACAAGACACGGCGGGAACUGUUGGUAGCGGUGCUGGUGCCCCUGAUCCUGUUCGUGGUGAGCCUCAUUUCGCUGGUGUUCAUUGCGCACUCGGUGCAGGUGGGAGACGACGCCAAGAUGCGCUGGCGAUGGAAUUGGCUGGCGUCGCGGGCGGGCGACGCUGACGUUGCGGACUGCAUCGGCCUGGGCGGUGAGGCAGCCGACGACCAGCUGCCAAUGGAGGCCGUGCUUCAGGCGACCACCGAGGCCGCCAUUGCUGACGAGAUUGCCGCCAACGCUCAAUAACCGGCCACCGAAUGCCAGCUCACGACGAACGUGGUAAAAUGAGGCGGCAAAGUAUCAUAGCACAACAGGUAUUUAAGAAAUCAAAAUUGUAUGAAGUAAGAAGUUUAAAAAAUUGUAUGUCGAGUAAGUUUGUAGAAGAAUCAGGUUAAAAGCAGGAGAGUAUCAUUGCACAUCUAUUUGAAAAAUCAAAAUUGUAUGAAGUUGAGGAAGUU